AUGGAAUACAGAUUUUUAGGAAACUCUGGUCUCAAAGUAUCAGCUAUUGGAUUUGGAAACUGGUUAAAUAGUGAUACUUCUGAUAGAAAGUUAAAAAUGAUCGAACUCAUAAAAAGAGCUUACAGCCUUGGAAUUAACUUUUUUGACACAGCUGAAGCUUAUGGUUAAGGUGAAGGGGAAAUUCAAUUUGGAGAAGCCUUCAAAGCACUAGGAGCUCCUAGAUAAGAAUUAGUCAUUUCUUCUAAGAUCUUCUGGGCAGUUCCACCAACUUCAGCUGAUAUUAAAAAAGUUAACUAAAUUGGUUUAUCUCGUAAGCAUAUUUUCGAAGGAGUGAAAGCCAGUUUAAAGAGACUUCAAUUAGACUACUUAGAUAUAGUCUUUUGCCAUAGAUUUGAUGAAGAUACUCCCUUAGAAGAAACUGCUAAAGCUUUUAACGACUUAAUUGAAUAAGGACAUAUUCAUUACUGGGGAACCUCAGAAUGGUCAGCUAGUGAGAUCUUUGAAGUCAGAGAAGUUUGUGCUAGAUUAAAUCUCACCCCUCCCGUUUCUGAACAACCCUAAUAUAGCAUGAUUAUAAGAGAAAAAUUUGAAGUUGAAUAUGGAAGACUCUUUGACAAGUACAGAUUAGGAACUACUGUUUGGAGUCCUCUCUGCAGCGGUAUCUUAACUGGUAAAUACAACGAUGGUACUAUUCCUACAGGAUCAAGAUUAUAAGAGUUUAAAGAUAACAUUUAUAUGAAAAGAAUAUACAAUUAGUAUUUUGCUGAAGACAAAAAAGAAAAACUGUUAAAGCUCCUUAAUGCUCUAGGAAACAUUGCUAUGAGAUUAAAAUGCACUUAAUCAUAAUUAGCUAUGGCUUGGGUUCUUGCAAAUACUGACGUUUCUUCUGCAAUCACAAGUGCUACUAGACCUGAAUAACUUGAUGACAUAGUUAAAUCUGUGUAAGUUGUGAAAUUAAUAACACCUGAAGUGAACAAAGAAAUAGAUGAAAUUUUAGGAAACAAGCCUAUGCCUGGAAUGGAUGUUAAAACAUUUGGACUUAAAAAAAAUACAAGAAGAGAUUUAAUGAUUAUUAAAAAUUAAUAUUGA